AGUUCAGCGGAUAUCGCAGUUUUCCAGCUGUCAAACGUGGAGUGUUUCCGUUCUUUUUGAUCGUGAAGUGUAAUCAUGGCGGUCGGCAAAAAUAAGGGUACCUCCAAAGGAGGCAAAAAAGGAUCGAAAAAGAAGGUUGUGGAUCCGUUCACCCGCAAGGAUUGGUACGAUGUGAAGGCCCCGAACAUGUUCUCGAACCGGCAGGUCGGAAAGACCCUGGUUAACCGCACCCAGGGCACCAGGAUUGCCUCGGACGGUCUGAAGGGCCGCGUGUUUGAGGUUUCUCUGGCCGAUUUGCAGAAUGACACCGACGCCGAGAGAUCUUUCCGUAAGUUCAAGUUGAUUGCCGAAGAUGUCCAUGGACGUAACGUGCUGUGCAACUUCCACGGAAUGGACCUGACCACCGAUAAACUGAGGUCCAUGGUCAAGAAAUGGCAAACCUUGAUCGAGUGCUCGGUCGAUGUUAAGACCACCGACGGCUACCUGCUGCGUGUGUUCUGCAUCGGCUUCACCAUCAAGGAUUCGGUGUCGCAGCGCAAGACUUGCUACGCCCAGCACUCCCAGAUCAAGGAAAUCCGCCGGAAGAUGACCACCAUCAUCACCCGUGAUGUGACCAGCUCGGAUCUGAAGGAGGUCGUCAACAAGCUGCUGCCCGAUUCGAUCGCCAAGGAUAUCGAGAAGUCGUGCCAGGGAAUCUACCCGCUGCACGAUGUCUACAUCCGCAAGGU